AUGGCUUCGAUUUGUCUUUUCCAGGUGGAUGGUUUAAAAAUAUAUUUUUUAAUUCAAUACGCUUUUAUUAAAUUAAAUUUAUUAAAUACACCAUUCCUAAUAAUAUCUAUCUAUCUAUCUAUCUAUCUAUCUAUCUAUCUAUCUCAGUCUAGUCGAAUCUAUCUAUCUAUCUAUCUAUCUAUCUAUCUAUCUAUCUAUCUAUCUAUCUAUCUCAGUAUAUUAAUUAUCUAUCUAUCUAUCUAUCUAUCUAUCUAUCUCAUCUAUUCGUAUCUAUCUAUCUAUCUAUCUAUCUAUCUAUCUCAGUCUGAUUAUAUCGAUCUUAGUCUAUUCGUAUCUAUCUAUCUAUCUAUCUCAACCUAUCUAUUUGAGACUUGUCUAUCUGACACCUAUCUAUCUGACACUUGUCUAUCUGACACUUGUUUAUCUGGGACCUAUCUGAGACCUGUCUAUCUGAGACCUAUCUAUCUGAGACUUGUCUAUCUGAGACCUGUUUAUCUACCUAUCUAUCUGACACUUGUCUAUCUGAGACCUGUUUAUCUGAGACCUAUCUAUCUGACACUUGUCUAUCUGACACUUGUUUUUUCUGAGACUUGUCUAUCUGAGACUUAUCUAUCUGAGACUUGUCUAUCUGAUACCUACCUAUCUGAGAUUGUCUAUCUGAGACUUGUCUAUAUGAGACCUUUUUAUCUGAGACCUGUACAUCUGAGACUCGUCUAUGUGAGACCUGUUUAUCUGAGACCUGUCUAUCUGAGACAUCUAUCUGAGACCUACCUAUCUGAAACUUGUCUAUAUGAGACCUUUUUAUCUGAGGCCUGUAUAUCUGAGACUCGUCUAUGUGAGACUUGUUUAUCUGAGACUUGUUUAUGUGAGACCUGUUUAUCUGAUACCUGUCUAUCUGAGACUUGUCUAUCUGAGACCUGUUUAUCUGAGACCUGUUUAUCUGAGACCUGUCUAUCUGAGACUUAUCUGUAUGAGACUUGUCUAUCUGAGACCUAUCUAUCUGAGAUUUGUCUAUCUGAGACUCGUCUAUGCAUCGUCCUACUGGACAAAUACAAAAAGAAGCACUGCUUAGUUCAGGAUUCUCCUAACCAUUUUACAUGA